ACCCAGUGCGGGACGACCGGAGCGGGACCCUCCAGGCCCCGGGGACAGUCGGAAGCGCGGGGAGGCGGGCUGGAGUUGGGAGCGUGAACUAACUUGGAGCAGAGGGAGGGGCAGCGCGCGGCAGGCAGCCGUUCAGGUUUCGCAUCUUGUAGGCGCCCACAGGGGCUGGGGAAGGGGGCGGGAGAGAGGGAGGGCAGGUCCGGAGCCGAAGAGGGUGGAGGAGAGGGGAAGGCCAAAGGAAAUGAGACAACCUUUUCUUCCCACUCAUUCGGAUUCCACUAGCGUUUCGGGGAUUCGGCGCGAUCGUCCGUGAACGCCAAGGCCGGGACCCCGCGUCCCCAGUUCAGUCCUGACCCCGGCAAGGCCGCUGGGAUUUCUCUCCGAGGCGUCGGUGCCAACUUGGAAACUCGCGAUCAGCACUUUGUCACGUCGUCCCGUGGGGGAUCGGCUCCGGGUUCCCCGGCUCGGCCCCGUGCGUGCGCCCGGAGCGCAGCCCCCGGAAGUGCGCGCUCGGCGGUCCCGGCGAAGAACCUGAGAAACCAACUGGCACCAACCAAGUUCAGAAUUUUAGCUGGCUGAAACGAAUAUCAUCAGAGAUGACCUGUCUUUAUCAGACACUUCUCUGUUCCUGACAGAACAUCUCUUCCCAGAAGAGAAGAGAGGUAGAGGGAGAGUGGCCAGGUGGACUUGGCUGAAACAUCUUCAAGAACUCUCCUCUGGAUGCCACAUGAGGCUGCCCAUCAGGCCCCACGCCGAGACAGGGAUCACACAGCACACAGACAUGAGUUUGCUCAGCAAUAUCCUAGCUACCUAUUCCUUUGUCUCAGAAAACCCUGAGAGGGCAGCUCUGUACUUUGUCUCUGGCGUGUGCAUCGGCCUGGUCCUCACCUUGGCUGCCCUGGUGGUGAGGAUCUCUUGCCACACAGACUGCCAACGGCAUCCUCGGAGGAGGUUUCUGCAGGACCGAGAGAGCAGCGACAGCAGCGACAGUGACGAUGGCAGCGAGGACACAGCAUCUGACCUCUCGGUGCGGAGACACCGGCGCUUUGAGAGAACUUUGAACAAGAACGUGUUCACCUCUGCGGAGGAGCUGGAGCGUGCCCAGCGCCUGGAGGAGCGGGAGCGCAUCAUCAGGGAGAUCUGGAUGAAUGGCCAGCCGGAGGUACCUGGCACCCGGAGCCUGAACCGAUACUAUUAGGGGAGCAGCUGGAACCCCUGGUACCCCUGGAAGGGAAAGGUCCUGCAGGGACGGGUGGGCCCAAGGAGGUGCACCCAGCUCUACUAACAUGGUGGUGGCAGAGUCAUAGCAGCCAUUUUCUAGCCAGGAGGACCACGUUCUCCCUUUCAACGUGUUGUCUAUGGAGAAGUAAAACAAACAACUUUUGCAGGACUUGGGAUGAUGCUGUGCUUCCAUUGCCAACCAUGGGGAUGGAGAUUUGAGAACCAGGAGGAUGGUUUCUCUUCAUUUCUGAGGUUCUCAGAAGUUUGUGCAGACUUGAUGGCUAUGGUACUCCUUUAUAAAAGGAGCGAUUCUCAGCAUGAAAGCUGGAGUUAUCUGGGUGACCUUAACCCAGGAAAUGUAAUUGUCUAAAUGGCUCUGCUAGGGAGGUGUUUCUGAUUCAGGUAGCAUGACCUGUGCUUAUUAUUUAAAAGUAAUUUCUAAAGAUCUCACAUUGCAAUAGCAACCUCUCCAUUUUAACUGGAACCUCAGGGAUUAAAAUCCUAUUUUUUUAAUAUAGCUCCCAUCACAUUCAUGAAAAUGAAUAGAAUUACUAUAUUUAGGGCAAUGUGUCAGUGGACCAGACAAUGUCAAUAACCUCUAAGGAUGAAGGGUUUUUUAUUUUAGAUAGUUUAUAAAAUUUAUAUAUAUGGACAUGCAUAUUUGAAAAUGCUGCAUAAAAAUAAAAAAAGUGUGUGCCCUCCCUCUUUGGAGAGAGGAAAGGUUUAUGACGGUUCCAGAUAAUCAUGAGUUUUAACCAUUUUUGUUUUUUGAAAAAAAAAGUCUUGAAUUCCAAGAAAAGAAUGGAAAUGGGAGGUAAAGAUUAAAGCCAAAAUUAAGAUGAAUAAAAAAAAUGUUUCAUGAAAUGUU